GAGGACCACAGAACGGUUGUUGGGUGAAUUCAAAUGUUCGAUAGAUGGAAACCAAUCACAUGCGUCUGCUGUACGAAAAGCCAUGAAAUUAUGUUGGGGUUCUUUUCUCUCCAAACCAAGGACACACGGGCAUAGAGGAAACGCUCGGGUUGCCAAAAAAUGGGAGAAAGAUAGACGUGAAGCCAUAUUCUUCUAAAUGACUUGAAGAAUGUGUGUUAAGUCAACCUGUUGGGGAUGUGAUGGGAGAGUGUUUAUGAAUGUUUGCAACGUAUGAUAGCCUAUAGCCUAACUGUUUUUGUAAUACGAAAUGGACUGACACCAAGAUAAUUAUUAGGCUAUUUUCGACGUCUGGUUGGCAUUAGAUGGUGGCGGAAUAAUUCUGUGAAGAGAAGGAGAUAUGGAGAACUUUACAAAUGAAACGCAAGUUCGGGCGAAUGGCACGGACGAGGGCAGCGAGCCCAGCAGCUUCCGAGCGUUGAUCGGUUUCGUCCUAUUUCUCCUUAUAAUCUCAACACUACUUGGAAACAUGCUUGUGUGCGCAGCAGUUGUUAAAUUUAGGCACCUCCGCUCCAAAGUUACCAACUUUUUUGUCAUUUCUCUGGCGGUAUCGGAUUUAUUUGUGGCUGUUCUGGUGAUGCCCUGGGAAGCAAUCUCUGCGGUGGCAGGUUCGUGGCUCUUUGGUAGUUUCUGUGGCAUUUGGAUCGCUUUUGACAUCAUGUGUUCCACUGCAUCUAUCCUCAAUUUGUGCAUUAUAAGUCUGGAUAGAUACUGGGCUAUCGCCAGUCCGUUCAGGUAUGAACGUAAGAUGACACAUAGAAUGGCAUUCAUGAUGAUUGGGUUGGCAUGGACCCUGUCCAUCCUCAUUUCUUUCAUACCUGUCCAACUCAACUGGCACAUGGCGGAGGAGGACGCGGAAGACGCGCAUAGUAUCAACCAGACCAAAAGCUGCAAAGCUAACUUGAACAGAACAUAUGCAAUUUCUUCAUCACUAAUCAGUUUUUACAUUCCGGUGAUCAUAAUGAUUGCCGUUUAUACGAGGAUUUUCCGUAUUGCGCAAACACAGAUAAGACGAAUAUCUUCUUUGGAGAGAGCCGCCGAGCAGGCGCAAAACAACCUGCAUACCAACGACUGCUCCACUGAAAGCUCCUUGAAAACAACUUUUAAGAAAGAGACCAAAGUUUUGAAAACGCUCUCAAUCAUCAUGGGCGUGUUUGUGUGUUGUUGGCUUCCUUUCUUUGUUUUAAACUGCAUGGUACCAUUCUGUCAGUGUGUUAGCGACACAACAUUCACCAUAUUUGUGUGGUUCGGAUGGGCGAAUUCGUCCAUAAAUCCUGUCAUAUACGCCUUUAACGCAGAUUUCAGGAAAGCAUUCUCCUCUAUCCUGGGCUGUAAUAAAAUUUGUCCAAGUAACACAGUAGAAGCAGUCAAUUUUAGUAACGAAUUGGUCUCUUAUCACCAUGACACAACGCUCCAAAAAGACGCACAGCCAAUGGUGAUCCCACUUCCACACGAGGUGGUCAGUUCUAGGGAGGACACUGGCCUGCCCUUUGACAAGGUGUCGGUGACUUCCAAUAGGUCUCGAAACCACAAACAUAUGCUAUUGCCCGCUAUAGGACACUUUGAAUGUGAUGGAGAGAUCUCUUUGGACACCAUCACUCCAUUCACCUCAACUGCGCUCGAAUGUGAUGAAUUACCAGGCCAGUAGAUAAGUGUGGAUUAUCAAGGAAGUAGCCUAGUUUUAUAUACCUUUUAAAUAAAUUA